CGAUACAACUGGACAAGCUCCAUUCGCCAUAAAGAUAAAAAUCGGUUAGCUAAUUGCCGGAGCCCCCAUGUAGCUCAUCGAAAUCUAAUAAACUACACGCCCAUUUUCCCCAGAACAACUACCCGUUUAUCGUGCAGAGCUGCUCCGAUAUCAAAGAAUCACCAUUACUACCGAUAUUUUUCCAUCGUUGGCGAAUUGCCCAGACCUUCAAUGCCGCUGGGCCUCAUAUAUCUUUAGGGGACCGGAGCGACUGGUACCUCAAUUGGCACUCGAAGGUUGAGGUCCCCGGUUGCGGGAGAACCAAAGGAUUACAAAAGCGUAUCGGUCCGGCAGUGUUAAAGUUGUCUAGAGUCCUUUUGAAGGAUAAUAAUAUAAUAAAACAACUGUGAUAUACGAAAUACCAGUGCUGAAAAUAACUGUGCAAAAAUGAGUUUCAAUUCCAAGUAUCACAUCGAUGUGGACUUCGAGGUGCCCAAGAAGCUGCAAUGGUACUACGCACCAGCUUUUUUCGGCUUUUGGCUUGUGCUCUACCUCUCGCUGGUCAACACCCAGAUGAACCACAUGCCCCGCCCACUGACCCGCAGCGAUGAAGCCAGUCAUCCCAAUUCCUUUAUUGCCCAGCGGGCCGAAGACACACUGAUUGAGCUGACCAGGAUUGGACCGCGGGUGGUGGGCAGCAUGGCCAACGAGGAGAGUGCCGUGGAGUUCCUGCGCGCCGAGGUGGCCAAAGUGGAGUCCGAGAUGAACGACCUUCUCGAAAUUGAAGUGGACGUCCAGCAGGCUAGUGGUGCCUACAUGCACUGGGAGAUGGUCAACAUGUACCAGGGCAUUCAGAAUGUGGUGGUGAAGCUCUCGGAGAAGAACUCAACCAAUGAGAACUACCUGCUGAUCAAUAGUCACUACGAUUCGGUGCCCGGAAGUCCAGGAGCUGGCGAUGAUGGUUCCAUGGUCGUGACCAUGUUGGAGGUGAUGCGUGUGAUAGCCAAAUCCGGUGAUCCACUGGCUCAUCCCAUUGUCUUCCUGUUCAAUGGAGCUGAGGAGAAUCCUCUGCAGGCAUCACAUGCCUUCAUCACGCAACACAAGUGGGCCAAGAACUGCAAAGCUCUCAUCAACUUGGACUCAGCCGGAUCUGGUGGGCGGGAGAUUCUCUUCCAGUCGGGACCGAAUCAUCCGUGGCUGAUGAACUACUAUCGGAAUGUGCCCCAUCCUUUUGCCAACACCCUAGCCGAGGAGCUCUUUCAAGCUGGCUACAUACCCUCGGACACGGACUUUCGCAUCUUUCGUGACUACGGAGGUGUUCCCGGCCUGGACAUGGCUUACAUCUUCAAUGGUUAUGUGUAUCACACGAAGUACGAUAGGAUCAACGCCUUUCCACGCGCCUCCUUUCAGCACACUGGUGAUAAUGUCUUAUCAUUGGCUAGAGCUUUGGCCAAUGCUCCGGAGUUGGAUGAUACGGCCGCCCACUCCGAGGGACACAAUAUAUUCUACGACUUUCUGGGCUGGUUCAUGAUCUUCUACACGGAGACGACGAGCAUUAUUGUCAAUGUGGUGGUCACAUUGUUGGCUCUCCUGGGUGUCGGCAUAUCUAUAUACUUUAUGUGCCUUCGUUCCGGAUGCAGCUGGAAGGGCGUCCUCCUCCGGUUUUCCAUCACCAUUGCCAUUCAGUUUGUCUCCCUGAUUUUGGCCAUUGGUCUUGCCUUGCUGGUGGCUCUUUUCAUGGAUGGUGUUGAUCGUUCGAUGUCCUGGUUCACCUCAUCAUGGACUAUCUUUGGCCUGUACUUGGCGCCCAUUGUGUUCGGACUGAGCAUCUUGCCAGCUCUGUAUCUGGAGAAAACGAAGAGGGAUCCCUUGGGCCUGGGAUUCCGCAUCCAGCUCUUCAUGCACUCCCACUGCAUCUGCCUGAUUGUGAUAAUGCUCACCCUGACUGGACUCAGCAUCCGAUCGGCAUAUCUGAUAAUGCUCUGCAUUCUAUUUGACAUUGUAGCGCUAAUUGUUAACCUGGUUACAAAGUGGCAUCGCAAGGCCUAUUUGUUUGCCAUUGCCGUCACAGUUUGCCAGAUCCUGCCCUUCGUCUUCUUCACAUAUCUGUGCACCGUGGCUCUGGUGACCCUAAUGCCCAUGCAAGGACGUUCGGGUUCAUCAACCAAUCCGGAUAUGGUUAUAGCAGCUCUGGUCUGGCUAUUUUCUCUCAUGUUUGCCGGUUUCAUUGCCCCGCUUAUCAUGUUCUUCCGCAAGACGAGAACGAUAGUCCUGUGCUUCCUGGGCAUCACCAUUCUGUUCAUCAUAAUUGCUGUCACCAACGCAGGAUUCCCCUACAAGGAAAAAACUUCUCCACAGCGUUACUCCUUAAUUCAUGCCCAUCGUCGCUUGCAUAAUGCGGAUGGAAGCACUCGCAUAGAUGAGUCUGGACUGUAUAUUUAUCCACAGGACCGUCGUUUCGGGAUUGCCAGAGAUAACAUUGAUGCCAUUGGGGAGGCGCACCAAGUGAGCGACUUUUGCGACGAGGAAAUGUUUUGCGGCAUGCCCCUUUACAAUCAUCGAUGGAACAAAGCCCGGCAGUACAGCAUGUGGAUCGAAACAUCGGAAUCGCCAGAGAUACCCGCCGAAUAUCCAAUGCUGGUCCUGCAGGACUCUAGCGAACUGGAGACUCCUACGCAGAGGAGAUUCAACUUCACCCUGGCCGGACCUUCGCACAUGGGAAUAUUCAUCAAUGUGAAAAACGAUGCCCAGAUACUGAACUGGUCCUUCAAUGACACUCUCAUACGAGAGCAGGCGGAACCGCCGUACAUGGUGUACUUCUCCUACGGACUGGACGACAGUCCUCUGGAAUUCACCAUCGAUGUGGAAAAGACGACCUCAACGUUUGACACGCCAACCCUAGAGAUUGGCAUUGGGGGUCACUGGGUGACCCAGGAUAUCACUGCUAUCGAAAAGCUGAGCAGCUACAUCAAUCGAUUUCCGUCGUAUGCCUACAUUCAGGGUUGGGUUGGCACCUACGAGACCUGGUACUUCUAAGCCAAUACGAAAAUGAUAUGGCAUCUGAUUUACUAAUUGUAGUCAUUAAGCGUUAACCAUUAACUGUAUAGAAUCUGAUACCAAAUACCAAAUUUUAUUAAACUACAUUACGAAUACUAUAAUUACAAUCGAGAACCUUGAUCUUUAUCUUUAUCACUGCU